CUGUGAAGACCCAGGAAACCUUCUGGAAGGGGCAGCUGCGAUGAAAUUUCCUCUGGCUAUUCUGGCUCUUCUCAUUGGGGGAGUUUCUGCUCAUCAUCUGAGAUCUGAAACCUCCAACUUUGAGAGCUUCAAGUGUGAUGAGACCUUGCCUCAGGAAGGGGAGAUAUUCAGACAGGAAGUCAAAGAGUCUCCCGUGGAGCUGACGCUGCCAGAGGAAGAGGAAGAGGGGGGCUCUGGAGGUGAGGGUACUCCUGAGGACAAAGAGGCUGUUGAAUCAGACUCAGCCCUGGAUGUGCUGGACAGAGACCUUCAGUGUCCCAAGGAAGAGGACACAGUGAAGCUGGAGGGCAGCCCUGGCUGCAAGACCUGCCGCUACCUCGUGGUGAGGAAGGCCCGGAAUUUUAACCAAGCUCAGUCUGUUUGCCAGCGAUGCUACCGGGGCAAUCUGGUUUCCAUCCACAGCUUCAAAUUUAACUUCCAAAUCCAGUGUUCCAUCAGGGCACUUAACCAGGGUCAAGUCUGGAUUGGAGGCAAGAUCGUGGGCGUGGGUCACUGUGCACGCUUUCACUGGGUUGAUGGAAGCUCUUGGAAUUUUGCAUACUGGGCUGCUGGCCAGCCCCAGGCCUGUGGUGGCCGAUGUGUGUCCAUGUGUACCCGAGGAGCCCAGUGGAGAAAAUCUAAAUGUACCCGGAGACUCCCUUUCAUCUGUUCCUACUGAGCUGGUCCCAGCCAAGAGUUCAAAUUCCCUCUCUUGGGCAGCUGCCUCUUCUUUCCUGCCAACAGCCUCAUCCGCCUCCUUGAAAUAAAAUUUGCU